ACCACCCAUGCGACACUGCAACACUCACUGUCCACAAAAAGCACCGAGCAAUUCUUGUUCAAGGAUACUCGAUUAAAUUGCAUUCCACCAUAAUCAGCGUUUUAAAAGUAAGCAAAUUCCAACCAACAUGCCUCUCAAGAUCAAACUGGUCUCGAUAAUGGUGGAUGAUCAAGACAAGGCACUUGAUUUCUACACCAAUAAGCUUGGGUUUAUCAAGAAACUUGAAAUUGACAUGGGAGAACACAAGUGGAUCUCAGUAGUCUCUUCUGACAGUGACUAUAUGGAGUUGGGCUUGGAGCCAAAUGUGGGAGUGCCCGAAGCCAAGGUUUACCAGAAAGCGCUGUUGGAUAAUGGUAUCCCUGCGACUGCGUUUGAUGUGGACGAUAUUGAAACAGAACACAAAAAAUUGGUAGAGAAAGGUGUGCUAUUCAAGUCCGAGCCAAAAGAUGUUGGUGGUAUCAAAGUUGCCAUUUUGCAUGAUACUGUGGGGAAUCUCAUUCAGAUCCAGCAAGUACCCAAACUUUAAGAACCAACAAAAAUGGAUACAACAGUACAUGUAGUGACGAAGUGAUCCUUUUAUUAAAAGGCAGCAGAAAGCAAAACAGAAGGUGUCUCGCUAGUAGGCGAAGUUAGUUUGUUAAUAAACUAGAAACUAGAGAGUAAUUU